CAAUGACAACCGCUCUCAUCACGUUUAUUCUCGCCAACAACGCCUACGCCGCACCGAUCCUCCCCUAUCCACCUCUCAACGCCACCAGUUUGUCGAUAAACAUAUCGGAAGCAUGCAAUGACCUUCGGAAUUGCCGUACCAUGUGGAAUCUCGUUUACAGCUGUCUUCUGACAAUAUUUAUUUGCGUAUGGACGGCUGUACACCCGGAAGUGGUGGAAGAGGACAGGGGCCGUAUGGAUCUGAUAGGGUUAAUUGUGGGGGGACGUGAUCGUUUCGGCUUAAUGAGGAGUUCCCUGAUUUUCCCAGAAGUUGUUGUUGCUAUGGCAUGGUAUGAAUUCUCAUUUGCCUGGAAAAUAUCAAGGGAAUGUGAAAAUGUCGAAGGGUGGACACUUGUGCAUUCAUACUUUCUCAUUAUGGGAGGUUUCAUUGACCCAACGACACGUUUCUUUCGUCGACGUGAUCCCUCUUUCUUUGGCCAAUACCCUGGCAUCAUUCGGAAGACGGGAAAUCGUCAGGCUGUUGCGGUGACGAGGCAGGAAAUUCUCCGCAAAACCAAAGGCGAUUUUUUAUCCAAGUCUAUUGUAUCUCUUCAAUUGCUGUGGUUCAUCGUUCAAUAUGUGGGGCGAUGGAUCGGACAUCUGCACAUAUCACAGCUUGAGACGAUGACGCUUGGAUACUCCGCGCUGAGCAUUAUUAUCUGUGCGUUGUGGUGGCAUAAGCCUCUUGAUGUCCGUUCGCCAAUUCAAGUGACAAAAGAGGACACACCUCACGUUCCGACUUCCGAGGCCGAUGUCACUCAAGUGCCUCUUGAAGUAGAGAAUGAGGCACAUUCGCCUUCACUUGCGGCCAGAGCCAUUGGCCGAGCUUGUGACGCAUUUGUUGAAUUGGAUGGAGGAUGGAUACUUAUAAUCACCGGCGCGAUCUUCGGCGGAAUUCACUGUUCUGCGUGGUCCUUCCCUUUUCCGACACACGCGGAAUCACUUAUAUGGCGCAUUUGUGCAGUAUAUAUUACUGUAGCUCCUGCUCUUGGCUUCGGUGCAUUCGUAAUACUGAGUAGCGAUUUCGACAAAUGGGCUGGUUGGGCCACUGGGACCAUUUAUGUCGUUGCCUGGGUCAUCCUCUUCACACUGACGUUCACAUCCCUCCGCUCUCCUUCUCCUUCUCUAUAUCGAACGCCAUCUUGGUCUUCCUUUAUUCCCCAUCUCGGAUAAGAUGUAUAUAUUUUUCGUCAUCUCACCUGUUUUGUGAUUGGAGGACAAGGGCUUGGUCAGGGGAAAAGGGCGGCAAGCUAGAUGGAUUUAGCUACAAAUUUGCAUUAGUGAUCCGCACCCAGGACACAGAUGCUCUAUAUAUAAGCACACAUACGGA